UUUCUAAAAAUUGUAUUCAAACACCAAUUAAAAAAAAUACUUAAAAAAAAAAAAAACCAAUCCAAACAAACACUUAACUCGACUUAUAUUUACAUCCUACAUCGGAUUUUCGUGUUUGCGAAUGAACACUGAGCAGCCUCUAUCUUUUACAGGGAUUGUUUUAACAUCAAAAGAGAGUCAUGGAACAAUUUAGACAGAUUGGUAAGGCAUUGGGGAGUUUGAAGGCUUUGAUGUUAUUCAAAGAGAAUAUUCAAAUCAAUCAAAGACAGUGUUGCCUUCUUCUUGAAGUGUUCACCUUUGCAUAUGAUACUAUUGCAGAUGAGAUCAAACAGAACCUCAAAUUUGAAGAAAGGAAUGUGAAAUGGAAAGGAUUAGAACAACCUUUGAAAGAGAUUCACAAGAUCUUCAAAGAAGGUGAAUCAUAUGUUAGGCAUUGUUUGGAAACAAAGGAUUGGUGGGCUAAGGCUAUUAUAUUGUGUCACAACACAGAUUCUGUUGAGUUGCAUAUACAUAACUUGAUUUGUUGCAUGCCAGUUGUGAUUGAAGCUAUCGAAUUGGCCGGAGAAACUUCAGGGAUCGAUCAGGACGACAUGAAUAAGAGGAAGUUAAUAAAUUCUCAUAAGUUCAGAACAGAGUUUAGAGAUAUGAACCUUUUUCAAUGGAAAUUUGGGAAACAGUAUUUAAUUACACCUGAGUUUUGCAGCCGAUACGAAACGGUUUGGAAGGAGGACAGGUGGUUUCUUCAACAGAAAAUGCAUGAGAAGAAGAUGGCAGGAGCAACAAAGCAAGAGAGAAGAUUGAUAGAACUUAUUUUGAAGAAUUUGCAAGAAUCAUGGGAAGGGAAGCUUAUUCCAAGUUCAACCUUGGUUGGAUCUAAGGACUUCCAGGUUAAGAGAAGGAUGGGGAAUGGACAAGACAAGGAAAUUGCGUGGUUAGGCGAAAGCUUCGUGAUCAAGCAUUAUACCGGAGAGAUCGAAGCUUGGGAGCCAGAGAUCAGAGAAGUUUUGUCUCUGUCUCAUCCAAACAUAAUGGAUUGUCUUUGUGGUUUCACGGAUGAUGACAAGAAAGAAUGUUUCUUGCUUACGGAAGUUAUGAGCAAAACAUUAAGCACUUACAUCAAGGAGAUCCAUGGCCCCAAGAAGCAGAAACCAUUCUUACUCCAUGUCGCGAUCGAUCUUAUGCUUCAGAUUGCGCGAGGAAUGGAAUACCUGCAUUCAAAGAAAAUUUAUCAUGGAGAGCUAAAUCCUUCAAACAUUCUUGUUAAGCCAAGAGGUAACUUGCCUGAUGAUUACUUGCAUGCCAAGGUAACUGGUUUCGGCCUAUCUUCGGCCAUGGAAUCAAACCAGAAAGGGGGUACAAAUCAAAAUCAGAAUGGAACUUCACCAUUCAUCUGGUAUGCUCCAGAAGUACUUGAAGAGCAAGAAAAUUCCGGGGGUGCCUUGCAAUGCAAGUAUUCAGAGAAAUCUGAUGUUUAUAGCUUCGGAAUGGUUUGCUUUGAGCUUCUAACAGGUAAAGUCCCUUUUGAAGAUAGUCAUCUACAAGGAGAGAAGAUGAGUAGGAACAUAAGGGCAGGGGAGAGGCCACUUUUCUCGCUAAAUUCGCCGAAAUAUGUCAUCAACUUGACAAAGAAAUGUUGGCAUACAGACCUGAAUCAGCGUCCGAGCUUCUCUUCCAUCUGUAGAAUUCUCCGGUACAUAAAACGGUUUCUUGCCAUGAAUCAUAGUCAUAUCACUCAAUUAGAGGCACCGGCGCCAACGCCGGCUAUAGAUUACUGUGACAUAGAGACUGCACUUUUGAAGAAGUUUCCUACUUGGGGGAAUUCUGAAUCUACAUCGAUAUCACAAAUUCCUUUUCAAAUGUUUUCCUAUCGAGUCGCGGAACGAGAGAAAACAGGUACAUACUCUAAGGAGAACUCUGAAUCUGGAAGCGACGCUUCGGCGUGUGGAGAUGAUCUUGCUACCUCCGGAGAUGAGGCAUUCAUAUCAUCCACAAAUGAAAAGAAGAUUUGCCCUGCAAAUGAAAGCAUGAGUACCAAGAAGCAUUCACUAGCAAGGAAAUCAUUAGAUUUUAAUAAGCCAAUAAAACAGCAAGUUACACCAAGAUCAGCAAGGCCUCCGCAGAUGUCGUCUUUUGGGCGGCCGAAGAGGACUAGUUCGGACCAGCAAACAUCGAAUUCAAGAACAAGAAGAACAGCUUCGGGUCAUGUCUCGGAUUCCGAGCUCUCUUAGAUCUUCACAGCAUAUCAUCAUCAGAAUUCAGAACUUAACACUUUAAGUCUUACUUCAGGCCCUAUGCAGAUUCCUUGAUCAACUAUAAAUUCCAAGAUGAUUCUCUCAAUUUGCAAAGGAAGGAUUGAUUCUUACAUAGUUAGCUUAAGAUAUUUCAAAUUAAGGUAUUCCUAAAAAAUGAUGUCGUUUGUAAGUAGGGAUAUAAGAGCAGCAAGCCUUGUAUACACUAAAAAUUCUUCGUCCGCCCUAAAAAUAUUCUUCACAAUCGAACAACAACGACUUUUCAAGUGUGUAAUGAAACCACUUAUCUCAAAAUUUUAGACUUUUUAAUCAUAGAAGUUCUUAUAUCAUAUCAUAAAAAUACGUAUUCCAAAAACUUAAAUUGUUAGAUAGAAGUAUAUGAAUAGUUAUAUAUCACACAAAAUAUAAUAGUUAUGUAAUAUAGAAAGAGAUAGAAAUGAACAAGAAUAAAAGGUGAAAAGCAUGCAACUUCUGCAUAAUUUUGAAUGAUGGUGUACAGUAAUAUAUAUUUUUUCCCUGUAUCAACUACAGUUAGCUUUCUUUGUAAGUAAUUCAAAAGCACAUAUGGUAUUCUUUUGAUAAAUUACAAUUUCAUUUGGAAAGUCAUGGAAAUUAGUGAAUAAUAUCUGGGGUGCAUCCAAAUCUGCAAUUUCAGUAAUAUAUUUUCCUCACUUCCUUAACAGACUGCAGUCUCCACCCAUCCAUGGAGAAACUUGGGGGAAGGAGCAAAUUCAAUGAAUUUUGAAGGACAACAAUCUUCAAGUCUGGUGCAGCUACCUUGUCGAUUUGAGAGCCGCGACAAAUCAAAGAAAACAUAGUAGUCAAGUGAAUCUUCUAAGAGAGUUACAAGGCUCCAACUUCACUGAUUCUUCAAUUCAAAAAUCAUAUAUUUUGGACAUGCUUCAUAAAUUUCUUGUUCAUCAAGAAAUAGCUUCUUUGAGUCAAUGCCAUUGGACAAACUCAGAGAUCCCAUUCAAGCUUUAUUCCCUUGUUAAUAAUU